UUGUGUUUUAAGUUUAAUAUCACUUAGCUAUUGUUGAUAUUAGUUGGGUAAAGUCUCGUAUCACGCUAAUGUUGUGUUUUCAUCAUAACAUAUGUUUACUGAUUUUAAUCAUAUUGCAGACAUUCACAAUAUAACAAUAUCAUGUGUUAGACAUGCAAUUGUAUGACAUCCCUGUGGUAAAACGAUUCAAUCAUACGGUAAACAUGAAAUAAGUAGAAUGCAAAGAAUUUGCGCGUCUGUUUAUUUCACUUUGGUGUUUUGAUAACGGGUGUUGAAAGUGUCGGUAUUUAAAUAUAAAUUUAUAGUUGGUGUUAAUUAGAGUAGUUAAUAGUAAUAAUUUAUCUUAAGCUUUUUUAAUACUAAGAUUGUAAUAUACAUGUUGCGUAUACUUGCGCUUAAUGAGGAUGUGUCGGAAGAUUCAGAGACUGAAACAACAGUGGAAGCACAGGAAUCCAUCGCUGAAGCUGAGUAUAUUCGCGCGCUAAAACUAAAAUCUAAUGGUAAGAUUGAUGUAGCACUUACGCUCCUGAAUGGCUUACUCGAAACAAAAGUACUAAAUGAUCUAUCGGAUGAUAAAAACGAGAGGCUUUGGGCCAUUCGCUACAAUUGCCAUAAAAAUAUUGCCAUGAUAUGUGAGGAAAAGCAGGAUUCCGAAAUGGCAUUAUAUCACUAUAUAUUGGCCAUGCAAAUAGAUGACACUGAUGUGCAUGCAAUGCAGCGUUUUGGAAAAUUGGCAAUGAAAAACAACGCUCUGGAACUUGCCGAAUUUGCUUUCAACAAAUGCCUUAAAAAAAAUCCCGUCCACUGGAAUGCAAUUGAUGGUAUUUUAAAGAUUUUGUGCCGUAAUCAUAAUAUUCUGGGAGCGUAUGGUUUAGCUUACAAAAUACUUAGUUCGGAUAGAUAUUAUGAAUUUGCAUUGCAAACUUUGAAUGAAAUUACUAUUAAAUUCAAAUGUUUACUACCUUAUUUCAAGAAUAUGCUUGGAGAUUCUGAUGAGGUUUUAGAUUCCUCAAUGCUAAGCACAAUGUUAGAAAAUGGAAGUGUCUUUCCAGCAUUAAGCAAUGGAAAUGACGAACAAAAUGAACCUCAGAAUCAAAAACCAACAUCAAAUUUAAGUCAGUUUUGCUGUGCAACACUUACUUGGCAAUCUAUUGGCCAAUAUAUAAUCUUAUCAUAUACUCAUUUAAAAGAAACGGAACAAUCUUUGUUUUUUGUAAUGAACUUAGAUGAUAUUUCUGGCGGUGUAAAUGAUAAUUCAAAUUUUAAAAUGAACACAAAAGAUCAAUUUCAAACAGAAAGUGUGGAAGAACAAAUGAGCAAGACUCAUUCAUGUGGUGCAGAUUCUAAUAUUGAAAAAGAGGUGGACCAAGUCACUGUGCAAGACACAUUUCUGUUACCCUCGACAUCUGUUACAACAAAUGUAGUUCAAUCAUCAGAUUCAGUAAAUCAAGAAGAUUUGGAAAAAAAUGGAGAGAUCGAACCAACUAAACCGAAGCCUAGAAGGCGAUGUAGUGAUUUAUUAUUUUUGGAACAAUGGGGCUGGCACAAAAAUAGACGCCGUAAUAAAAAAGCAAGUGUACAAGAAAGACCUGAAGCUGAUAACAGCCUGAACGCGUUCUUACGUAGGAUAUUCGGUAACUUUAUGAUUAACACCGUUGAAAAUUCAUGGCCUUUUGAUGAAGAGAUUCCAGAUCAGUUGAAUGAUAAUAGUGCAUCGGAAAACGAAACAAAAACUUGUGGAGACUGCAGCACGAAUAUCACGUUGGAGGAAUUCCAGAACGCGACCGAGGAUGAAUUUACUAAAUUUAAAGAAGCUCUUCGAGAAGAACCUUUUGAUUUGAUGCUUUUAAUUUACAAAUGGCUCAAGAAUGUCUCACCGUUUUGGAGUAAAACUUUGCCACCAGAAAUUAAAACCCAAUAUUUAACAAUAUUUAAAUUUUAUUCCGAUCACUUUGAUAAGUCUAAUUGGCAUAUGUUAUCAAACUCUAACUUUGAAGCAUCGUAUCGUAUUUGCUUAUUAUAUCUAGAAUUGGAAUAUGAGAAUUGUAUGUCAGAGAGCCGUGAAUUAUCGAUAGCCUGGACUGAAACAAUGCAGCAUCUUUCCUUCGUCAGUGGUUCGGUAUUUGUUGCAAACCCAGAUUUCUUCAUUUACUAUGAACUUCGUUUAGCCAAUUUGGAGUAUUUACUUCAUGAUUACAGGAAUGAAUUGGAAAAAUGUGUUUUAUGUUUGGAAAGUAUUAAGACAAUAAUUCAGAGUAAACAGGACAUAAUUGUAGUACAUUUACCAAACUUAAAGACAGGAUGUUUGACGAAAUAUACUGUAACCAGUACCUGUGAAGGACUUAGAAGAAAAGUUUCGUUAAAUAAAGUUCCAAUAUUAUUUGAAAAAGAAAAAUGGACGGAACUAUCAGAAGUAAUAAAAUAUAACAUCAGAAACAGCAAAGAUGAAGUAACGGACUCUGAAAAUUGGGUAAAAGAUUUUAAAAUACAGAUAGAAGUUUUAUUGCAAGCUCUUUGGAAUAUGCAAUCAUAUAAAGAAUGUAUGAUAUGGUCUGAAAAGUGUCUUUGUUUCUGCACUGGUCAAUAUCUAAAAGAAGUUAAAGUGUCAGCCUACCGCCAUAAGCUAUGGGCUGAAUCAAUCAAUUUCACUAUGUCUUAUAUAGAAGCCAUAUGCCUAAAUGAGGGAUUCGACAUAUUUGAAAGCUUAGAUGAGAAUUACACACGACUAGUACAAAAUAUAAUAAGUCUUGUUACUCAUCAACUGGAUUCACCAUUUGACAAAAAUAAUAAUCCAGUUCACGAGCUUGAAACAAAACGUACAUGGGUUAUUUUGCAUCAGAUCGCAAUACGAGAAGAAAAUUGUAAUUCAUCUCCUAUCAAAUCGAAAUCUGAGGAAUCCGAAGAAGAAGAAGAAAUCUUACCACAUUCAUUUUUAGUUUUAUUUACUGCACAUGAGUUUUUGGGUAAACGUCAUUGGUGUACUCGCGACAAUGGCAGUUUAUUACAGUAUACAUUAGACGCCAUAACACCAAAUUUUAGAGCACCAAUCUAUGAUGCCUGCAGAGAUUCACUUUAUGAAUAUAUUGAACAGAUUACUUAUUGCCUAUAUGGUUAUCCACAAAAAAAAGCGCGCUCAAGGCAUCUCGAGGAACAUGAUGCUGUCACAGUUGAACUGUUAUGGCCAAAAGCUAUACAGCUUUUUGAUUUGUAUAGACCAGAGAAUUUACCUGAGUUCAACUCGUACAAACUGGAAUCAAUAUCAGCUGAUAUGGAACAAUUGUUGAUUAAAAUUGUCGCACUUAUGCCGAUCGAGCUAGAUCCCACGCCUGCUAUAACACGUAUAACGAAAUUUAUAAGUGGUAGUGGUAAUCUAGAAGAGGAUGACUGUCCACAAACUCCGUUACCAUAUAAAAUCAACAGCAUAUAUUAUUUAUUGGCUGAUUAUUAUUUCAAAUGUCGAGACUUUUCUAAAGCUAUAAAAUAUUAUACAUUAGAUUUAGUAGGAAAUACAGAAAGAGUCGAUUCCUGGGCUGGCAUAGCAUUAUCAAAAGCAAGCAAAAUUGAAACUAAGCUUAAUGGAUUAGCAAAAAUUGAUUUAUCGAUUUUAUUGAACGAGUGUGAAGAGACCAUACGCUGUUUUGAGCGCUGUAUUACCUUAAAUCGCAACCAAACAUUAUUAUGGAUUGAAUAUGGUUCCUUCACUUAUACGCUGUAUUCGUUUUGUGCCAGAUAUUUGAAGCAAUCGUCUGAAAAUUUGUCAAUGGAAGAAUUUUCGAGCAUUGAGGAACGUAAAGAGAAAAUGUUAGAAAUAGCUUAUAAUUGUUUCUCGUUGGCGAAUACUUUGCAAAAUAAUGCUGAUGAAAAUAUUGAUACACACGAUGAAAAAUGGUUAUGUCAAUAUAUGCUAGGAAAAGUCGCCGAAAAACGAAAAGAAGCUCCAAAAGUGUUCUUAAACUAUUAUUUGACGGCUGCUAAUCAUUUAUACGAAAACAAAGCCACAUAUCCGAUUAAACUUAAUCAUAGUAAUCCCUCAACAUUAUCGGUGGAGGCACUAGAGCUAUACUAUCGUACAAAUUCUGCAAUAAUAAAGUAUCUCGAACAUGAGAAGGAAAUUAGUAGGGAAAUUGGGCGCUUAUUUACCACUGUACUAGAUAAUUUGGCAAAUAGUCCAUUUGCUUUUAAUAAAGCCAAAAUCGAUGGCAGUUGUUUUCAUGCUCUGAAACGCAAAAUGAGCGAUAAAAAUGAGACUGAUGCUCCCAGCAAAUUUAAAAAGGAUUCAAAUGGCGAAAAAAUUAAUUCGACUAAUUGUACAAAUCCUGACUUAACCACAAAUGAAACAACUAUGAAAACAGAUAAUGGCAAAUUAAAGGAAACACUACGUGUAACAAUUAAUCUCGGAAACGAGACAAACAACGAAAUGCAAAUAAGCAAUAGGGAACGUAAUGGCGUUCAAGCUCCAAAAAUUGAUCAAACACAAACUAUUAGACGGGAAUCACAGGAAAGUGCUUUAACAGGCACGACAACAACAGUUACAAGUAGCACUACAUCCACAAAUGUCACAUCAGACUCAUCUUCCGAUUCCGAAUCAGAUUCUGAUUCAGUUACUCCAUAUACCGAAGUUGAAAUUGAAUUUCUUUAUAAGGUUGUAGUGCAAAACCUUGAAGAAUGCAUAACCCGUUUUCCAGAACAUUACAAAUCAAUUUAUCGUCUAGUAUAUCACUAUAUGAAUGGUCCAGAGAAAUUACGGAAUUUAACAUUUUGUGAACAAUUAUUGCUUGGCCAAUAUAGAACUACACUAGGGAACUUGGUCAAUGGCUUAUUUUACGAUCGCAAAACCAAUAAUUUAUUUAAUGGAAUUUGGCGUAUACCAUCUUCUGAAAUUGAUCGACCUGGCAGUUUCUCAACACAUCUGGUCAAAUGUGUUAGUACUUUGAUACAAUUAUUACUAAAGACCGAUGAUUAUAACUUAUUGAUUGAUAUUGGAUUGCAAUUGUAUAAGACACCCGAUAAUGACAAACGUUACAUCAAAGAUUUCGAACGUAUAGAACUUUAUGCUAAUUGUGUCAAUUAUUGCGCACAAAUAUUAAGGAAAAAUCUGAAAAAUAAUAUGGAACAACGUGACGAUAAAGAGCUGUUAGAACUUAUUCUUGAUAUAUACAGAAUUCAUAAAAAAUGCGUCAAACAUAUGAAUCAUAAGGAAGUACUCUUCACGAAGUUGCUGGUUGAUGCAUAUAAAUAUUAUGUACAAGAUAAAGUGGAAAAUCUGCCAGCCAACCUUAAUUUUCUUGAUUUAGCAAUAAAAUUAUGUAUGCAAGAAUUGUCCGCGCGUAAAAACAUGGGAAAAGCAAAUACUAUCACCUCAUGCAAUGCUGAUGCAAAUAUAGGAGACGCCGUACUUGGCUUAACACCACAGAUUCCUCGAACAAUUCAAAUACCAGGACUUAACAUGCGCCAACGUGGUCGUAUUAGUAAGCCACAACCUGCAGUUACAUCAAACGUAAAUCAACCAACUGUUCCGACAAGCGCUCCAAUCUCAACGGAUAUUUUGAAAAACCCAAAUUUAAUGUCUAUGAUGUCCUUGUUUGGAAAUUCAGCAGUAGUUAAACAGGAUACUGCCGCUUAUCAACGACUUGUUGCGGAUUAUUAUAAUCGUUUACUGGAACUGGAGAAAAAAGACCCGAAUAUAAUUGCAAAUUUGACAAAUUAUCCGAAUGCUCUGCAAACAACUUUAUCGCUGGCAUCGUCUUUACCAUUAGAGACUACAAUAACACCCGCAAAUCCUCAAAGGCAGACUUCCUCCAAACAAGUACAGAAUACAAAACAAAAUACGGACGAACUGAUUCAAUCAUUUGCUGGAUCAUCAUAUAAUUCCACUACAGUAAUCACAUCAAGUCAAUCAUCAACAACGCCACUUGAAAUAAAAGCAAUUAACUCAGUAACAAGUGUAGCCAAUUCUACGAAAGGAAGUGUAACCGAUAUAACAACAACGAAUGUAGCUAACUUAACUAACACACUCACAUAUACAUAUUCUGAUUCGUUAAUAAUAAGUAAAUCGUAUCAAGGAAAAGCUAAAUCCUCUGUGUCCACAAAAGCCAAACAAUUUCAGAAUCCAAAAGCUUAUAAUCGACAAAUGAAUUCACAACUUCCAGCAGCGGUGUCUUUAGAAGCGGAUUUCGCACAAACAAUGCAAAACUUAAGUAAUAUAUUUAAUGCAGAUGCAGGUUAUAACCAGCAAGCGAAUUUAUUAUCCGCAUAUGUUGAUUUAUUUAAAAACACUGCACUGCCCCAACAAGAGACAUUGGCCAAAAAACCGCGUGCGCCGGCUAAGCGUAAGCCCAAACCAGCAGGUAAUACACAAAAUAAAAUAAGGAAAAAUAUGAUCGAAAUAAGUAUAACUGCAGCGUCUUCAACGACAUCUGCUAACAUGUGCAAUAACAUUUUAUUGCAACCAAAACAAGAUCCUAAUGGUAAGGUAUUAUCAUCGAACCCAUUUAAAAUUCCUACAUUUAUUACAAACGAUAUAACGAUGACUACAGUAACUGUAACCACAGCAGCAGGAAAUAGAACGAAUACUUUGCCAACAUUUUCCUUAAUAUCCAACACUAAACUACCAACGCCCACCUAUACAACACAUCACUCUCCAGCUGCAACACCAUUUGUUGUGCCAAGUGCUUGUCCAUCGAAAACACUGCAGCAAAAAUUAGCCGAACGGCAAAAAGCUAACCAAUUGAUCGAAGCAAAUAUGCCCACAACCGGCACUACAUCGUCUAAACCUAAUGUAGAUGUUAUAAUAUUGGAAUAGUAUUUACGGCAGGUCCGGGAAGGCCACAUCCAAAACUAUAACUUGUAUCAUUAAAAGUACAAUGUUAAAUUGCUAUAAAAUAUUUCAAUCCCUAUAAUCGCUACCAUCAAAUAUGUAAAUAACUUAUGCAGACCAUUCUUUUUCGCACUUAAGUUAUUGCUCUCUAAAAUCGCAUUUCAGUUUCUUCACUACAGAUAAAGUUUAGAAAGCAUUUAGAAAGCAAUUAAAUUAUGUAAAAGGUUAGGCAAUUGAAGUGUUAUCUAUUAUAUUUAAGUGACCACAUCAUUUUUGUGUGAAAUUAUUUUUUUCUUGAUUCAAAUUACAAAAAUUUGAGAAUCCUUUCACUCUAGCUGGAUGUGGGCACCUUUUGCCUUGACUAUGGCCUUCAAACGGUUCAAAAAUUAAUUGCAUGCUCCACGAAUGUGAUCUUCCGGUAUUUUGGCCGAUUCCUGAACAAUGGAUUCCAUCCAUACUGACAUAUUUUUUAGUGCUCACCUUAUUCUCCAAAACGGAAGCUAUUCGAAAUUCGAAAGCUAUUGUGUGAACUCGACGAAAUGAAGUCUAGAAUAUGAUUUUUUAACCAUUCUUGGGCCAAACGAGCGUUAUGUACUAUUAUAAUUGUUGAACAGAUGAUAAAACAAAAAAAAACCAAAUGUAUUUUUACUAUUUAUCCUUUCGUUAUUCUGAUGAAUUAAUUAUUACAAAUAAUGCAUUGAGUUAUGGCGCAAUAUAUACUGAUUUGAAAAUCGCGUUAAUUCGAAAUCACAAGGAAACCGCAUUUUUUACGAAUUAUAGAGGUUUUCAAAUGAUCGAGGUUAAAAAAGAAGAAAAUACGAAUUAACAGGGCUUUUACAUUUCAGUUGAUUCUUACAUAUUUUAUAUAUAUCACUUUAUAAAAACUAAAUAAUCCAAUAUACAUUCUACAUACUAUUAAUUUAAU